UUUUAGUGCAAUUUGUAGUAGACCGCCGGAAAGUGAUAUAACCUAUAAAAGCACGCAUCGUUUGUUAUUUCACUACAGGUUCAUGUCCAAUCCUCACGGUCAGCGAAUAACCGUGGGAAGCGCCACCUACGUGUUCCAGCGCGACCCGACCACCGGCGCCGCGCAAUGCCUGGGCCGCGGCUCCUUCGGCGCCGUAUACCUCGUGGCGCAGGAAGACGACCCGACGGCGCUGUACGCCGCAAAGAUCCUCCGACCGACCGUCACCGCGGGCGCUGCCGACAACUCGGACUCGGCGCCGAGCGUCUUCCGCGCCCAGCUCGAAGCUAACUGGACGCGGAUGCGGGGGCUGGACCACCCCAAUCUGGUCCGAUACCUGCAUGCGGAAAUGCGCCCCGACACCGGACAAGGCGUGGUAAUCCUGGAAUACUGUCCGCUCGGAAAUCUGGAGCAGUAUUUGGCCCGGUGCCGCCGGAACCCCACCCACCCGGCUCCGUCUCCAGCCGCCCUGCGUGGCUGCACCCGGGACCUCCUCCGCGGUCUGCACUACCUACACACCCAGCGUAUCAUUCACACCGAUCUGAAGCCAACCAACAUCCUCCUAACCACCUCCGAGGGCGGUCGGAUAGUGGUCAAGUUGGCGGACAUGGACGACCACGUGGGGAUCCUGGCCAGCGUCACCCGCUCGGAGAUCCGUGCCACCCGCGGCACGGUCCGCUACAUGUCGCCGGAGAUGUUCCGGCUGGCCGGACACCAUCCGGGGCGGGAACGGGUCGGGAGGAAGACAGACGUGUGGAGUGCCGGCGUGGUGGUAGGGGAGAUGACGCGCGGGGAGCGGCCGCUGCGGUUCAUCAAGAUGGACGGGGAGCGGCCGGUGCCGACGGACUAUCUGGACGUCGACGCCAACACUCCACCGUUUCUGAUCAUGGAUUUUGUGCUAAAUCACGGCGUUCCGGAGGUGGUCGACGGGGUGUUGGGAGGGUUCGCAGGAGUAUUGCGGAGGUGUUUUAGAUGGAACGGGGCGGAGCGGCCGACGGCGGAGGAGCUGCUGCGCGAUCCCUGGUUGGCGGAAGAGCACGACGUUUUAUUAGCUUGGUUAUAACUUCCGCUGCUCGGUCGGGACGAUCUUGACGAUGCCGGCGAUGAGGAGGAGAAUGGCCAGGGUCAUGUUGAAGGUGUUCUCCAUGGCGGUGGCCUUGGGAAUGAUCAUGAAGGCGUACGUCAGCAGCACCAUCGUCAGGAUACCCAGCGCCAACGUUUGUGCGCACAGGUAGUACACUUUCCCCGACAGGAACAUCUCGCGCGGAUACGACAGGUAGUCCGUGCCGUUCAGACCGCUGGUCAGCUGCCGGUCCGCCCGCAAACUGGGCACCAACACCACAAUCUCCAUUAUCUUUGCUUAUCGGUUCUCCGGCUUCGAAGACGACCCGGUCCUGGUGCAGCCACAUCACAUCGCGCCAGUCAACGCCGGUCGGAACGCGGCAGUGGAACGCCGCGUCCUCGCCGAGUCGCGGCCGGAACACCGCGCUGCCCGCCACGAUGUCGCUCGGGGCCAGGCGCGGCAGUAUGAUGCGAUCGUCCUGUCGGUUGUGCAGCAUGGCUUCCGCCAGCGAGUCGUUCACUAAUCAGUCAGCCAGUUUAAUUCUU